UUAUCCUACUUAGCAAGAAGGGGCAUCGAGUUCAUACCAUUAUUUGCUUAUCCUCACAAUUCUCGAAAAGAUAAAAAAUUAUUUCAACUUCAUUCACGUACUACGUCCCAACAAUAUUACAGUGAGUAAGAUGAACAAAUCUCGUAUAAUUAUUUCAAAAUUGCAGUUGACUAAAAUAAAUAAAAGAACCCUCACUGCAAAAGCCUUCAUUUUCCAAAAACAAUUCGAUGGAUUUCCGAAAGAAAGCGAUUUAAAUUUGAUUGAAGAAACGCUACCAGGUCUCAAAGAUGGACAAUUCUUGGCUGAAGCACAGUUCUUGAGUGUCGAUCCAUAUAUGCGAGCCUAUGCCCCUAGAGUAAAGACUGGGAAAACUUUUAUGGGAUCGCAAGUUGCUAAGAUCAUAGACAGCAAGAACCCAAAUUUCCCGGAAGGUAAAUAUGUUGUCGGCGAAUUCGGCUGGAGAACACAUACAGUAUCGUCCGGAAAAAUAUUGCCCAACGGAUUUCCCGGUGCAUGGUUGAUUCCAGAUAAUUUGGGAAAUUUGCCAAAGUCUUUGGCUUUAGGAAUCUUAGGAAUGCCGGGAAAUACCGCAAAUUUUGGACUACUCAAUGUGUGUCAACCAAAGCCGGGUGAAACAGUUAUCGUUACCGGAGCAGCAGGCGCAGUAGGUAGCUUGGUAGGUCAGAUAGCGAAAAUCAAGGGGUGUAGAGCGAUCGGCGUGGCAGGUUCGGACGAAAAAGGAGAAUGGCUCGUGAACGAUCUAGGUUUCGAUCAUUUCAUCAACUACAAAACUGAUGACGUCAGGAAGAAAAUUAAAGAAUACGCCCCCAAUGGGAUAGAUUGUUAUUUUGACAACGUUGGUGGUGAGAUAAGCACAACUAUAAUGUUAUACAUGAACACAUUUGGACGAGUGGCAGUAUGUGGCGCCAUCUCUGGAUACAAUGAAAGUAAAAUCCCAAAGGCAAGUUUGGUUCAAUAUCCACUGACAUUCAAUCAAUUGAAGAUGGAAGGAUUCAUCGUUCACAGAUGGUUGGAUCAAUGGUUCGAAGGAAUCGAACAAAACAGAAAAUGGAUCGAGGAAGGAAAAUUGAAAUACCGUGAAACGGUCACGGAAGGCUUUGAAAACAUGUUUCAUGCGUUUGCGGAUAUGUUACGAGGCGGUAAUGUAGGGAAAGCUAUCGUAAAAGUAUGAAGAGCUUGUAUUAAAUUUAUAUCACGAAAUGAA